CGGCCAUGUUGGAGCGGCAGAGGCGGCGCAGCAGCGCAUCCUGGGGUCCCCGCGGCGGCGCCGGUGCCAGGCGCUAGUUUGUGGAUACCCAGAGAGAUCUGCAGUGCCUAAUGCCAUGAGCGUGGUGGCGCAGCAUGUGGAAGAAAAAGCUGUCCACUCCUGGUCACGCAUCUCCACAGCAGGGAAGAAGGUGCUGGAGGAGGCAUUGCUUGUCUUUAAUCCCAUGAGCCAGGAUCUCUGUGCCACCGAAGCCCAACUUGUGGCCUUUCUGCAGGGCCUGCGAGAUGAUGGCUUCCAGCCAACCAUUCUGCGCAGCGGUGAUGUCUAUGGCUAUAGUUCGUGCACAGCCUCUCCCCCAAGCCAGACGAAACCACAAGCUUGUGCCAACUCAACUUCCACAUCCCCUCCUCCAGCCAGUGCUCCCCAAACGGCCAUGCCGUUAUCCACAAGCCCAACCACACUAUUCCCUAUGUCACUGUCUGGCAGGCUGGCCAAAGAAUCCACACCAGCUCUUGCCAAGCAUACUACCACCAACCUGCUGCUGAGUUCCCUGAAGCAGUCAAGUGCCAGCCACACCAGUGGCAAAACCGUGGGCUUCCCUGCCCACCUUUAUCCAGGUGUUUACCCUGCCAUGCAGCUCUCUGUUGUCCUUGAGGCCCUGGUUCCAUUCAAGACUCACCUGCCUUGCUUGGAUGCUAAGCACAAGGCCCGGUCCCUGCAGCUGUCACUUGCAGACUGUCCUCUAAAGCUGCGGAAAGGUUUGGGAAAAGGUCCAGGGAACCCUGCACCCAAAGCCCCCAGAAAAAACACAACAAGCAAGGGCCUCAAAUGUCUGACUCACAAAGGCCAGGGGACCGGACCCCGACAAGGCACUGGGCCCCAGAACAAGACCUCUAGAGCCACUGGGUCCCACAAUAGCAUGCAAGUGAAAAAGAGCUCUGCCCUAGGCACCAAGACGAAGGCAGCUGGAACUCUGAUCAAAGCUGCCCAGGCUCUUGUCAGUGUAGCUCAAACACAAGCCAAGGCAGCACUGGCCAGGGGCAAAACAGCCCUGGUCAGAGGCAAGAAGGUACUGGCCAGAGGCAAAACAGCACUGGUCAGAGGCAAAACAGCACUGGCCAGGGGCAAAACAGCACUGGUCAGAGGCAAAACAGCACUGGUCAGGGGCAAAACAGCACUGGUCAGGGGCAAAACAGCACUGGUCAGGGGUAAAACAGCACUGGCCAGGGGCAAAACAGCACUGGUCAGGGGCAAAACAGCACAGGUCAAGGCCCAGAAAGCACUGCCUAAGGGAAAAUCAGCACUUCCCAGAGGUAAGACAGCACUCGCCAAGAGCAAAACAGCACAGGCCAAGGCAAAAGUCGUGGUCACACAAGCCAAGGCUAAAGCAAAGGCAAUAGAUGCCAAAGCCAAGGUGGCUCAGACCAAACCCAGAGGCAGGCCAAAAGGAUCUGUUCAGAUCAGGACUGCAAGGAAGACCCAGAAAAGCCAGUCUGAGACUGUGGGACAGAAGAGGAAAAAGGCUGAGGAGGCAAAGGAUCUUCUUCCCAAGAAGAGGACACGGCUUGGACUCCAAUCUAAGGCUUGGCUGGGGCCUGCUACAGCCAAACUUAAGGCCCGUGCUAUAAAGGUAGAUAAGCAGUCCUCCGAUGACGAAGUUCUGAAGUGGGCCCAGCGAAUCUUCCGGGUGAACCUGUCUCCUAUAAUACGGCUUCAGCCAUUGCUGCCAUACUCAACAUCCUGAUUCCUUCGUAAGAAUGUUUAGAAGAGCUCUGCAACAGUGAGGACUCUGAGUACCUCUCUAGGGCCCUGGUGGGCCAAUCAGCCUCCUCUCAAAAACUGGAGGAUUUGGGGUAGGGUGGGAAGUGGGAGGGGUGUUAUGGCACAAUGCACUGUGACUUGUUCUUUGAGUUGUAUGUUCCCUGUUAGCUUCUAUCACAUUUUAUACCUUUCCACCUUUUAGUCUCCCUGCUCAUCGUGUGUGUGUGUGUGUGUGUGUGUGUGUGUGUGUGUGUGUGUGUGUGUGUGUGUGUGUGUGUGUGUGUGUGUGUGUGUGUGUGUAGCUGCUGGCAGGCCAGCUUGAACCUGGGGAAAUUAGAUGAAAGAGAGGAUCUUGGUAGCUGGGGGUAGAUAGUUAAUUUGAGUAACGAGAGUGGGCAAGGCUUCAAGCCUCUUAGAAAAAGUAAGGCGUAGUUCAGGUGUUUAGCUACUUUUGAGUAUGUGAGAGGGACCUCUUCCCCC